UAUCAGCUCCCCUGUCUCUCCCUGUUUCCUCCAAUCCAACUUCCCCUUCUCUCCUCUUUAUUAAGUAGAAAUAAAAAAUUUGACCGUACGGAUAACUCGCCGCCAAAGCAUUUUCGUUCGUCACAGAAAUGGCGACGCCGUUACCGGAGUUGCAGAUAGGAGAAGGAAUUACGACAUUUCCGAAAUCAACUAAUAAUAAAUUUAACGACGACGACGACGAAGAAAUAAAAUCUCCAAUUUUAAUAUUUCUGUACUUCCAUAAAGCUAUACGUAAUGAGCUUGAUUCGCUUCAUCGAUUAGCUUUAGCUUUUGCGACCGGUCAAUCCGUCGUCGAUGUUAACUCUCUCUUUGAACGCUACCGUUUUAUCAGACUCAUUUAUAACCACCAUUCCAAUGCCGAAGAUGAGGUUAUAUUUCCAGCUCUGGACAUACGAGUCAAGAAUGUCGCACGGACAUAUUCUCUUGAACAUAAGGGUGAAUGUUGCCUGUUUGAUCAGCUAUUCCGGCUGCUUGAUUCUUAUUGUAAGCAAAAUGAUGAAAGUUUCUCAAAGGAAUUAGCGUCUUGUACAGGAGCACUCCAGACUUCGCUUAGUCAACACUUGGCUAAGGAAGAAGAACAGGUCUUUCCUUUGCUUAUUGAGAAGUUUUCCCAUGAAGAGCAGGCAUCUCUAAUGUGGCAGUUUGUAUGCAGCAUUCCUGUGAACAUGCUGGCGGAGUUCCUACCAUGGUUAGCAUCUUCUAUUUCACCUUUUGAAUGCCAAGAUAUGGUUAGAUGCCUAAGCAAGAUAAUCCCAGAAGAGAAGCUUCUUCAGCAGGUAAUUUUCACCUGGAUAGAAAGGAGGAAUAGUGUGAUGAAAGUUGGAAAUUGUCUGGAUAAUCCUCAGGAUCCAUACUGUGUAGAUUCUAGUGCAAUGACUCACGAAUUGGAUAAUGUGAUAUGUCCUUGUGAGAAAUACAAGAUCGGGAAAAGGAAAUACCUGGAAUCAAGUGAUGUUGCUUCAGACAUUGUGGGAAUCCACCCAAUAAAUGAAAUAUUGCUUUGGCAUAAUGCUAUUAAAAAAGAACUAAAUGAGAUAGCUGAGGAAGCUAGAAAGAUACAAUCUUCUGGAGAUUUUACAAACUUAUCAGCCUUUGAUGAUCGGUUGCAAUUUAUUGCUGAAGUUUGCAUUUUCCACAGCAUUGCUGAGGACACGGUCAUAUUUCCUGCAGUAGAUGGGAAAUUAUCUUUCUUCCAAGAGCACGCUGAAGAAGAGAGUCAAUUUAAUGAGUUUAGAGGCUUAAUUGAAAGUGUUCAACGUUCAGGUGCAAACUCUAGUUCAUCUGCUGAGUUUUAUGCAAAGCUGUGCUCACAUGCUAAUCAAAUAAUAGAAACUAUAGAAAAGCAUUUCUAUAAUGAGGAAGUUCAGGUUCUUCCUCUUGCCCAAAAGCACUUCAGCUUCAAAAGGCAGCAGGAGCUAUUAUACCAAAGCUUAUGCGUGAUGCCAUUGAAAUUGAUUGAACGUGUGUUGCCAUGGCUGGUUGGGACCCUAAAUGAAGACGAAGCCAAAAAAAUUCUCAAGAACAUGCAGUCUGCAGCACCUGCAAUAGAUACUGCCCUGAUAACACUUUUCACUGGCUGGGCAUGCAAGGGGCGUAACCAGGGUGCAUGCUUGUCAAGUGCAAUUGGUUGUUGUCCUGCUAAAGAAUUUUCCGAUAUUGAAGAAGAUGCUGGAUCAUGCUCUGCCUGUUCUUCUGUAUUUUGUUCUAAAAACAAACCUGGAUUAGUCCAUGGGGAUGACAGCGAAAGGCCAGUCAAACGAAACAUCUCAAUGUUAUGCAAAAAUUGCAAUGCCCUUAAACCCUCAGAGAGUCCAAGUUCUAAUAAACCAUCCAGUACAGAUAGGUCUUGUUGCGUCCCAGCUUUAGGAGUUAAUAGCAGUAAUCUGGAAUUUAGUUCUCUUUGUUCUGCCAAAUCGUUGCGGUCCUUGUCGUUUAGCUCCUGUGCUCCAGCUCUUAACUCCAGUCUUUUUGUCUGGGAAGUAGAUAAUAGUUCCUCUGAAACUGGAUGCAUAGAGCGACCAAUAGAUACAAUAUUUAAGUUUCAUAAAGCUAUAAGAAAAGAUUUGGAGUAUCUGGAUGUUGAAUCUGGGAAGCUAAGUGAUUGUGAUGAGGCACUUCUUCAGCAGUUCAUUGGAAGGUUCCGUUUGCUAUGGGGAUUAUAUCGAGCUCAUAGUAAUGCUGAGGAUGAUGUUGUUUUUCCUGCAUUAGAAUCCAAAGAAGCACUUCAUAAUGUCAGUCACUCAUACAUGCUGGACCAUAAGCAAGAGGAAAGACUAUUUGAAGAUAUUUCAUGUGUCCUUUCUGAGCUUGAAUUGCUUCAUAAAAAUUUGCUGAUGUCCCAAUUGUCGGAGGAUUCAUCAGCAGGUAACAUGAAUAAAUCUGUUGCACGCGAUGAUAAUUGUAUGGUAAGGUAUAGUGAGCUUGCCACUAAGCUGCAAGGAAUGUGCAAAUCUGUAAGAGUUACUCUUGAUGACCAUAUUUUCAGAGAAGAACUUGAAUUGUGGCCAUUGUUUGGAAAGUAUUUUUCUGUUCAGGAACAAGACAAAAUAGUUGGCCGUAUAAUUGGUACUACCGGUGCUGAAGUACUGCAAUCUAUGUUACCUUGGGUAACUUCUGCUCUUACUCAGGAUGAGCAGAAUAAAAUGAUAGAUGCAUGGAAACAGGCAGCAAAAAACACGAUGUUUAAUGACUGGUUGAAUGAAUGCUGGAAUGUAGCUACAGAAUCAUCUUUGCAGAGUGAAAUGUCAGAGGCUAGCAUUUCUAGAGAAGGCAAAGAGAUUGAAGAGAACUUGGACCCAAGUGAUCAGAUGUUCAAGCCAGGGUGGAAAGAUAUUUUCCGUAUGAAUCAAAAUGAGCUUGAAUCUGAGAUUAGAAAGGUGUAUAGGGACUCAACUCUUGAUCCAAGAAGAAAAUCAUAUCUUGUUCAAAAUCUUCUGACUAGUCGCUGGAUAGCUGCUCAGCAGAAGUUACCUCAAGCAACACCGGGUGAAUCUUCUAAUGCUGAUGACGGAACAGAAUGCCAACCAUCGUAUCGAGAUCAAAAAGAAAAAGUAUUUGGAUGUGAACACUACAAGAGAAAUUGUAAACUUCGUGCUGCUUGCUGCGGCAAGUUUUUCCCAUGUAGAUUUUGCCAUGACAAAGUGAGUGAUCACUCAAUGGAAAGAAAAGCGACAUCAGAAAUGAUGUGCAUGGGCUGUCUGAAGAUUCAGGCAGUUGGGCCAAUCUGCAGCACACCUGCAUGUAAUGGACUUUCUAUGGCAAAGUAUUAUUGUAGUAUAUGCAAGUUUUUCGAUGAUGAAAGGACUGUAUAUCAUUGCCCUUUUUGCAAUUUAUGUCGUGUGGGCAAGGGUCUCGGCAUUGACUUCUUUCAUUGCAUGACUUGCAACUGUUGCUUGGGGAUUAAGUUAGUAAAUCAUAAGUGUUUGGAGAAAGGUCUAGAGACAAACUGCCCCAUCUGCUGUGAUUUUAUGUUCACAUCAAGUGCAACUGUCAGAGCUUUGCCUUGCGGUCAUUACAUGCACUCAGCUUGCUUUCAGGCGUACACUUGCAGUCACUACACCUGCCCAAUUUGCAGCAAAUCCUUGGGAGAUAUGACGGUUUACUUUGGCAUGCUUGAUGCGCUGUUGGAUGCUGAGGUGCUUCCAGAGGAAUACAGAGAUCACUAUCAGGAAAUACUAUGCAAUGACUGUGAUCAAAAGGGCACAGCACGAUUUCAUUGGUUAUAUCACAAGUGUGUGUGCGGAUCCUACAAUACCCGGGUGAUCAAGAGUGAGACGGCGAAACCAAACUCUUCUCCUACUGUUGGAUAAAGAGGUAUAGGCAAUUAGGCAUUAACCUGUAUAUAUUAUCUGUUCAAUCAAUUCUCUUCCUCACCACGUUCUAUGUUAAUAUGUAUAAAUUCUUCUGAAAAUUGAUUUUUGUUGUUUGAGUUCAACGGUUAGCAUAGGUGGCGAAAGUUUUCCAGACAACAUUGUCUUCAAUUUUUAUGUCGAGUAGGAGGAGCAUUACUGCAUCUGAAAGCCGCAAUGUGUAGGAUUUUCGCAUCAAUAUAUUUAGUCGGUUACUGCAUUUUUUUCUCCUUGAUUUAACCAAUCUUCUGUGUCUGCCUCAUUAUAGAAGAGAUUAGAAAUCAUAUAGUAGUAUAAACUGACGUCAAAUAAUGGAUAUAAUCAUUAGAGGUGAACAUACAAAAUUCAAAGCUCAAA